AUGGAUGAUGAUCAAUUGUAGAAAUUGAUAGAAGGAGAUGAAAUGAGAAAAUUCACAGACUAUUUCUCAUACAAGGCAACGAUUGGACAAGGAGCAUUUGGUAUUGUUGUUAGUGCAGUGAACUUGACAACACAAUAGGAAGUGGCGAUAAAAAAGAAAUUAGUCAAUCGAUAUGAUUAAUUGAAAUAAGAAUCUACCAUCUUGGCUAGUUUGAGACACGAGAACAUAGUGAAAUUCAUAGAUGUUAAAGAAACUGAUACUAGAAUUUUAAUUAUAAUGGAACUUAUAUAAGGAGGUUCUUUGGAGGAUUUGAUGCAGAAAUUACAAAAGAGUAACAAUUGGUUUACAGAGGAUCAAUGCAAAGCAAUUAUUAGGAAUAUCUUAUAAGCCUUGGCAUAUAUGCAUAAGAAUAAUGUUGUACAUCGAGAUCUGAAGCCUGAGAAUAUUCUAGUCAAUGAAGAUUUAAGUUGUGUCAAACUAAGCGAUUUCGGGUUGAGUUCUGUUUAAAAUUAGUUAAUGACUAAACAAUGUGGUACUCUAAUCUUCAUGGCACCAGAACUCCUUAUGAAUAAAAUUUAUAGCAAGAAUGUAGAUAUAUGGGGUGUUGGUGUAAUCAUGUUCAUGUUACUUAAUUAUGGAUAACAUCCAUAUUAUAAACAAGGAGACUCUCUUGAGCAGAUUCUUCAGAAGACCAAAACCAUGCAUGAGCAGGGCAGACUUACUUAAUUGUAAUACAGUCUAUUUAAAAAAUUAACCGAAUUGGACCAAACCAAAAGGUACAGGGCUGAUUAAGGGUUGCUUCAUCCAUGGUUGAAUGAGCAAAUCGAUGUUGAGAUACCCUAAACAAUGGAGGAGAUCUUCCAUACUUGGAUUCAAUAAUAAAAAUUACUAAAUCUAAUAAAAUCAGUAAUGUGUCUAUCGAAAAUGGGUUACAUGAAGAAAUUAGAAAAUAGAGAGAUAUGUAAUCGGUUCUCAGAGUAAAAGAAUAAAUUGAAGGAGGAUAAAAACAAGAAGGAAGGCAAACUUACUAUUAAUAAAGAGUUUUAUGAUGAAUUGUUCGAAGAUUAUCAGAAGACCUUAACUGAGCAUUAGAGAAGAUUAGUUUUAUAAACACAAAAAGUUGAGAGCGAAAAACAAAUCAAAUAGUAGGUCUAGAGUCAGGCUUUAUCUACUGUUUAAGCUAAAUUACAAUUCAUUAUUCGAGCCAGGAAACCUACCAGCAGUCAGAAGAAUGUAGAUGAACCAGUCCAUGAUAUUGAUAAUGAAGUUAAAUUAGAGUAAAAUGAAUCAUAGCCUGAUAUGCUUUAACUAGAUAAUGAAUUGUAAAAUGAUACUAGUGCAUUCGAAAAAUCAUAUCACGAUAUGUCUAUGCAGAUAAAUCCAAUUGUGAAAUCUCCGAAAAAGAAAAGAAAAUCACCCCUCAAGACCUAAACCAAAUUGUACAUCCAAAAAAACGAAAGCAUUAAUAAUUCUCAAUAAGGAAUCAAAGAAAAACCUAGUAAUUCCUAGGUUCCUAGUCCUACCAAACUCAUAAAUACUAGUGUUAUUAAUAGUAAUAAUACUACUAAGCAUCAAAUUAGACUCAAACCACUAUAAACUCAAAUUGAACCUCCAAAAGAAAUUAUUGCUAAUAAUACAAUCCUUAAUCAAUAUCCUACCAAUUAUGAACCUAACUUUCGCUCUGCAAUUAGACCUAUUAGAUAAUCACAUGUUCCAAGAUUAUCCAGACUUAGUGUAGAUAGAGAUUAAGUUUAACCUGCCGUUUUAGAUCUCUCUAGUAUGGCUAUGGGUGGAUUUAGUCCUGUUCACAGUAAUCAGUUUUUGUUCCCUUCCAAAAUUCCAAGUUAUUGUCCUUAAAAAAGAGUAUACUAAAAUGAGUUUCAUCCUUCUAAAGUACUCUAAUCUUUGGCAUCAAAAAAAUCAAAUGAUCAUUAUAAUUUUAUUAAUGGUGGGCCUAAAUGA